AUGAGCCACCAGUCCCUUCUGCAGUAUCUCUUUGUUGCUCUCCCGGCAGUUCAAGGUCGUCUCUUGGCCCAAAUUCAAUUAUGCGACUAUUUCCGGCAACUAAAACUUGUGCCUAUCACUUUCGACGGCGGGGGCUCGGCAGCGUACAUUGAGCAGUUUCGGCAAGACACUGCCUUCGUCACUCUAGGUGACACCUUUGCUAAUAGCACAAACCGAGCUCCAGGAGACAUAAAGGUCUCGUGGAAAUGGUGUUCUGGCUACCAGUAUUUGGAGCGUUCUACCCUCCGAGACGAAUACAACCAAGUCUCGUCGCAAGUGAACUUCUAUAUGAGCCAACACAACGCGCGCCAUGGCUUUAUGCUUACCAACACCGAGUUGGUUGCUGCCAAACGCCUUGAUGGGAACGGCCGUCUAGCUGUCUCUAGAUCGAUUCCCUGGACAGCUGCGGGCCAUAGCCAGCUCACUGUACUGACGGUUGUGUGGUCUGGGAUGCUUGCAACCGAAGAAGCACUGGGCCCUGUAGCCUAG